AUGCCUCGAUUACGCAGGCGCAGCAAUAAUCUGACUCCCUCUGCUUCCAGCACACGCCCAGCCGCCACCAGCAACUACAGUAUGUCACGCCCACGACGCGGAGCGGCAGCAGCAGCAGCAGCAGCCGCGUCUGUCUCAGCAACAGUCGACCGCGAGGGCUCUAGCUCCCGGUCCCGCUCAGCAUCACCAGAGAGAAAGCGCCUCCGUCUAACUGUCAAAGCAGCUCCUAGCAAACUACGCGAAGCGACCUCGUCGAAUACAAGAUCAUCGGGUGGACGAACAAGCCUGCUACGAGGCAGGAGUAAGAAGACGGUUGUAGAAGAGUCGAGCGAAGAAGAAGAAGAAGAGGAUGAGGACGAAGACGAAAUGGACGCCGACGCCGACGAAGACGUUGAAAUGGACGACCAGGACGACGACGAUGAUGACGACGAUGAAGAAGAUGCUGAUGGCGAAGAAGACGAGCCCGUCGCCCCGACACCCGCCGCCGUUGCCGCAUCGCGCAAGAUACUGAAGCCCAGCGUCAUAGUGACACUGCCACGAAAAUUACUACCUGUAGAGGCGAAAGAGAUAGCAAUGGGUGAUGCUUCCGACGACGAAGAACUGUCGGAGCUCGACUCCGACGAGGCCGAGGACAUGGAGGAAGACGAAGAGCUAGGCGAGGAAGAUGCAGAAGGAGAAGAAGAACCUGGCGAGGAAGACGCAGAAGGAGAAGAUGAAGAGCUAGACAGCGAUGAGGAUGGCGCUUCAGAAGGUGGUACGCCUGACAUGAGCAAGCUCACCCGGAGACAGCGUGCUGUAUACGAUGAGAGCUUAGAAGGAGGACUUAUGGCCUUGUCCAACGAGGCUCAAAAGAAGAAGCAUCUGACGGCCGAGGAACUGACCAUGCGCCGCGCAGAGAUGGCACGGCGACGCAAGAACCUGAGUGAGAAGCGCAACGAGGAAGAAAAGAUGGACACCAUCAACCGUCUCCUUAAAAAGCAAGCCCCCAAGCGUCGCGGCAAAGCAGCCAAAGAACCAACAACCGCCGCAGAUGCCGGCGACUCUGGAGCAGAAGAUCUAGAACCGGAACCGGAGAGAGCACCCGCGCUCUACACUCACUAUAUCCAGAACGCAGACGGCGUGUCUCUCGGGGUACCGCACGAAUGGCUUGAUAGUCCGUUCGGCACGACGUUUGCAAACCCGGUCAAGGCUCAGUCUUCCAGGCCGUUCACUGGAAGGAUGGUGGAGGAAGUUAGCUGA